UUAGGUUAAAUUGAAUAUUCGUGCAACACAGCUUCUUGCAGAAGGACCAUCACACUGUUUUACACUUAGGAAAUUAUGAGAAUAAGCAGGGAGUGUUCUUCUUUCUGAACUAAAACCAUACCUGUGCCUUGCUGAGGACAGCUGCAGGAAUCGGACACUUGAAUCAAUGUUAUCGGAUGAGUUAGAAUCCAAACCUGAGCUGCUGGUUCAGUUUGUUCAGAAUACUGCUAUUCCACUGGGGCAAGGACUGGUGGAAUCGGAACCAAAAGACAUCACCUGUCUUUCUCUCCUUCCUGUUACUGAGACCUCAGAAUGCAACAGACUCAUGUUGCCAGAUGAUGAAAGAGAUCUCACUUCUCCAAGUCACACUAAUUCUUCCAAAGAUGUUUCUUCAUCUGCUGUCUUGAGAAGUCUCCAGGUAAAUGUGGGCCCUGAUGGAGAGGAAACAAGGGCACAGAAUGUACAGAAACCAUCUGAACUUCUGUCAACUCCAGAGACCUCCGGUUUAUUGCAAGACCUCCAGCCCAGUGACAGCACUUCAUUUAUUCUUCUCAACCUAACAAGAGCAGGGCUGGGGUCUCCAGCAGAGCACUUGGUAUUUGUUCAAGAUGAAGCAGAAGAUUCUGGGAAUGACUUUCUCUCUCAUGAUAGCACAGACAGCAGUACCCCAUGGUUCCUACGAGUGCAAGAAUUGGCCCAUGACAGUUUAAUUGCUGCCACUCGGGCACAGCUCGCUAAGAAUGCCAAAGCAAGCAAUAAUGGUGAAAAUGUUCAUCUUUGCUCAGGAGAUGGGCAACCAAAAGACUCUAGUCCCAUUCCUCAUAUAUCUCGUGUGGAAAGGAAGUUGAAGUGCACAGUUGAGGGUUGUGAUCGGACAUUUGUGUGGCCAGCUCACUUCAAGUAUCAUCUGAAAACACACCGGAACGACCGCUCCUUCACCUGCCCAGCAGAAGGCUGUGGAAAAAGUUUCUAUGUCUUGCAGAGACUGAAGGUGCACAUGAGGACUCACAAUGGUGAAAAACCCUUUGUGUGCACGGAGCUGGGCUGUGGGAAGCAGUUCACAACAGCUGGAAAUCUGAAGAACCACCUACGAAUUCACACUGGGGAAAAACCCUUUCUGUGUGAGGCACAGGGAUGUGGUCGCUCCUUUGCCGAAUAUUCCAGCCUUCGGAAACAUUUGGUUGUCCACUCAGGAGUGAAGCCCCAUCAGUGCCAAAUUUGUGGGAAGACAUUUUCCCAGAGUGGUAGCAGAAAUGUGCAUAUGAGGAAACACCACUCCAGAAUUGGAACAGCUGGCAGCAGAGAGCGAGAACAGCCAGAGUCACUGAUGGGCAGCAGUUUGCUGGAAGAAUCUACAGUGCAUGGUAAGAACCUCAUCUCCAUGAACUCUCAGCCCAGCCUUAGUGUUGAGUCUCUGCACUUGCCAGACACUGAGUCCAUUAUUGGAGUAGAGGAGGGUGAGACCAGCUGCUCUUUCUUCCGCCCUCUGAUAUGUGGUGACUGAAGCGGGAUGGAUCAUUCCUCCUAGAGGCUCACCAUGCUGCAGUGGAAUGAGUGAACAUUGCUUUUACUGCACACAGAGCUGGUGGGUAGGUGGAGAAUACAUCAUAAAAGUGGAGCUGGAGAAGACCUGCCAGACCAAGUUUCUCUCUUGCAGAGCUUAAAAGGUGAAGCCUGCUGCUUAGGUGUCAUUUAGCCCAUGUUGUGGAACGCCAUUGCAAAACUGUGCAGUCCAUUCUCCUCAAGCCUAAUGCACUUGUUUUGGUGGAGCACCUGGGAGCCCCAGUGAAGGACCAGGACUUCAUUGUGCUAGGCACUGUACAAACAUGCAGUAUCUUGAGGAACAGGCCUUCCUUCCAUCCUUUACCUUCAGAGACUAUAUUCUAAUACAUCUCACUGUCAGAAGCUGACUUACUAUCUGAAAUAAAUGUACUACUUGGUAUCAUUUAAUU